CCCCAUCCUCGCCGCUCCGCUGGCUGGGAAUUUGGCAAGUCUCGCCCUACGCGAUAAACACGUAAGCCAACUGGCAAACUGGCCUCCGCAAUCUCCUGAGCAGCGCCCUAGAUGACGCCAGACAGAGGGAGCCGCAGCCACUGGCUAUAGUUGACACGGCCCUAACGGACACUUCUCGCGAGGCUUGGCAGCCCCAUAGCAAUCUCAGGGACAAGGAGGCUGUGAUCAGCAGAUCUCGCGACGUUCAGGGAAGCGCCCCGGGAACCGGGCCGCUGGGCCAGCCCCUGCGUGGGGAGGGGCAAGAUGGCGGCCCAGGCCUUGGCGCUGCUGAGGGAGGUAGCGAGGCUGGAAGCGCCGCUGGAGGAGCUACGCGCUCUUCACUCAGUGCUGCAGGCAGUGCCGCUCAACGAGCUUCGCGAGCAAGUGGCGGAGCUGCGCCUCGGCCCGCUCUUCUCCCUGCUUAAUGAGAACCAUAGGGAAAAGACUGCUUUGUGUGUAUCCAUUCUGGAGAGACUGCUGCAAGCUAUGGAACCAGUUCACGUGGCCCGGAACCUCAGGGUUGACCUGCAGAGGGGACUAAUUCACCCUGAUGAUUCUGUAAAAAUCCUCACCCUUUCCCAGAUUGGAAGAAUUGUUGAAAAUUCUGAUGCCGUUACUGAGAUUCUAAAUAAUGCUGAAUUACUAAAACAAAUUGUUUAUUGCAUCGGUGGAGAGAAUCUAUCUGUAGCAAAAGCGGCCAUCAAAUCCCUGUCAAGAAUAUCACUAACCCAAGCUGGACUGGAGGCUUUAUUUGAAAGCAAUCUGCUGGAUGAUUUGAAAAGUGUAAUGAAAACAAAUGACAUUGUUCGAUACAGGGUGUAUGAGCUAAUUGUAGAGAUUUCUUCUGUGUCACCAGAAUCUUUAAACUACUGUACCACAAGUGGAUUGGUAACCCAGCUCCUGAGAGAGCUGACUGGUGAGGAUGUGUUGGUCAGAGCCACCUGUAUAGAAAUGGUGACAUCACUGGCAUAUACUCAUCAUGGACGACAGUAUCUUGCUCAAGAAGGAGUAAUUGACCAAAUUUCUAAUAUAAUCGUUGGGGCAGAUUCAGACCCUUUCUCUAGCUUCUAUUUGCCAGGAUUCGUGAAGUUUUUUGGAAACCUGGCUGUCAUGGAUAGUCCUCAACAGAUCUGUGAGCGUUAUCCUAUCUUUGUGGAAAAAGUCUUUGAAAUGACAGAAAGUCAGGACCCCACUAUGACUGGUGUAGCUGUAGACACAGUUGGAAUCUUGGGAUCCAAUGUUGAAGGAAAACAGGUUUUACAGAAAACAGGAACUCGCUUUGAACGCUUGCUUGUGAGAAUAGGACAUCAAUCAAAGAAUGCCCCAGUGGAGCUAAAAAUUAGAUGUUUGGAUGCAAUUUCAUCUCUUCUGUACUUACCACCUGAGCAGCAGACUGAUGACCUUCUGAGGAUGACAGAAUCCUGGUUUUCUGCUUUAUCUCGGGAUCCACUGGAGCUCUUCCGUGGCAUUAGUAGUCAACCCUUCCCUGAACUACACUGUGCUGCCUUAAAAGUGUUUACGGCCAUUGCAAACCAACCCUGGGCUCAGAAACUUAUGUUUAACAGUCCAGGUUUUGUAGAAUAUGUGGUGGACCGGUCUGUGGAGCAUGACAAAGCUUCAAAGGAUGCCAAAUAUGAACUAGUGAAAGCACUUGCCAAUUCCAAGACAAUUGCAGAAAUCUUUGGGAACCCAAAUUAUUUGAGGCUCAGAACUUACCUGAGUGAAGGUCCAUACUAUGUGAAACCUGUUUCCACCACAGCAGUAGAAGGAGCCGAAUGAUUUCUUCUGGAGUCUCAUGUAGAGGACCACGCUUUGACCAAAACUUCUCCUAAGGCAUUUGACUCCAUCUAUAUUUCACAAAAGAGACUUCCUUCCCCCAAGAAUUAUCAUGGAUUGUCCGAUGUUACUUUGUCACCAACAUUGUUAUGUGUCUACAUUGAAAUGCAAAGUGGAACUAGGAGUUUGGAAUGCAUUAAGAGCAGGCAAGCUUGGUUAUAAUCCAGUGUUUUUCAGAUUCCUUUCACUGCCUUAAUCUUUGCAACAAGAUGGAAGUUUUUUUCUUCCCUCGAAAUUUUCAUGGACAUACAAUCUUUUUUUUUUUUUUUUUUUUGAGAUGGAGUCUCACU